AUGGCAUUUGGUACUACGCCAGAUAAAGAAUUCAAAUAUACCCUGGUCCCGGGUGAAACACUGGACUUGAAGGGCCUCAAGGUUGCAGUCAUUGGGGGAACAGGCGGAUUGGGUCAAAGCUUGAGCCGAUUCUUGUAUUCUAAAGGAGCCGACGUCACGGUCGUUGGGAGAACGUUCAGAGAUAAUCAUUUGGAAAAAAUACAUUUUAUCAAGGCAGACCUGGAGCUGAUGACAGAAGCUAAACGGGUAGCUCAAGAGUUAUCAAAGCAGCCACUCGACAUGGUCAUUUUAAGUACAGGCAUCAUUGCGGCAAGUAAACGCCAAGUGACCUCUGAGAAUCUUGAGCGCGAUAUGGCCGUCAGCUAUCUCAACAGGCUCGUUAUGUUGCGCACGUUAGUGCCUAAUCUUUCGAAGACCAAUACCAGCUAUCUCAAAACGCCUCGUGUGUUCAUCUUUGGUUUUCCGGGCACUGGAGAACUGGGCACGGUGGACGAUUUAAAUUCGGAAGGCAAAUACAGCGCUAUGAAAACACAUAUGACCACCGUAGCAGGCAACGAGGCUCUUGUGCUUGAUAGUGCACGCCGUUACCCCGGGGUUGGAUUCUACGGUAUCAAUCCAGGCCUUGUCAAAACCGCAAUUCGUGACAAUUUUCUGGGAAAAGGAAGUCUGAAGUCCCGGGUUGUGGAAAGUCUGAUUGGAUGGUGGUAUCCAACCCCAGCACAGUACGCUGAGAAAAUAGGACCCAUGAUGGUGGCGCCAGAAUUGGAUGGAAAUAGUCCCAAAUUUUUCGGAUCUUCUGCCGAAUCAAUUCAACCUUCAAAGGGAUUUACGGAAGAAUAUGUGAACCAAUUCAUCACCGAUUCCGAAAAGCUUGUCAAGAGCUCUGGUGUUUCUAUUGAGUAA